AUGGCUUCCUCGAUCUCAAUUUCCAACACCGGCGGUAGCCCUCCACAGAGUGUGGAGAAGAUCACUCGAAUUGCCCAAGAUUACGAUUACAACGCGGGCGUCCCGCUGCGGUACUGGCUACGGACCGCUGCCACGCUAAUCCGAGAGGCUCAAAUCUAUGAAAAUGAAGGGCAUGAUGAGCAAGCCUACCUGCUCCUCUUCCGCCAUGCCCAGCUGGUGCUGGUGCACUUGUCGACACACCCAGACGCGAAAAAGGACGAGAAGGACCGCAAGGCACUAGUCAGCGCUGAGAAGGAAGUGGAGAAGAAUCUUGCCAAGCUGGAAGUGCUCAAGCCGCGAAUAAACAAACGAUAUGAACGAUAUACCCAGCUCAUGCGCGAGCGACAAUCACGGAAGCUGUCCUCUGAAACCAAUCUCUAUCCCGAGUCACGACCACGUGUCAUCGAUCCCGCACUGGCCGGUGUUGCAGAGCCCUUAGAAGCGGGGGAAAAUCGAGACCUAGCCGUCCGACUAGCACAAUCAGAGCUCAGUCGCCGUGCUACCGUUCGCAGAUCCAAGGGCCAAGAUGGCGACGGUCGCCGUGCUGGCGGUGUCUGGGGGGAUUGGGAAACGGCGUACAAUACGGACCACCAGCCGGCCGAGCAAGAUUUGAGCCAGAGAAUGCGGAAUAUUAGGGCUAACAUCGAUCACACUCAAUCUGAUACCCCGGUCCGACGUUUCCAAGAUCCUCGACAGGGUACACAGUCAACGACAACUUCUGCAUACAAGUAUCCAAGUGUACCACGCCAGAAACCUUUGGAAUCCGUGAUCGCACCUUCCCAGAUCAUCGUUCGUGACAGUCGGACCGAAAAGCAUCAGCCUCCCGUUUUGCCCCCGAAAGAGCGCGUCGGACCGGGUGGGGCACCGUUUGUUGAUGGGGCUGUCACACUAGAGCCGCCUCCCCGUCCUUCAAAAGUGUCGCCUGUUCCUCAAAUUCCAGAGAAAGUUCGGCCUGAGGAAUCAGUCUCUGCGCAAUCAGAUCUGGAUCCAUCUAGUUACACCUUCAAACCUUCUGCAUACCUUGAGAAUGGAACCCCUCUGCGCUCUGUCUUUCUUCCUGCCAGCUUGCGAUCUCGUUUUCUAGCGUUGGCUGCUUCCAACACUACAAGGAAUUUGGAAACUUGUGGCAUUCUCUGCGGCACACUUGUCUCAAAUGCCCUUUUCAUCUCUAGACUGAUCAUUCCCGAACAAGUCUCCACGUCCGAUACAUGUGAAACGACUAAUGAAUCCGCCAUCUUCGAAUACUGCGACUCUGAGGACCUGAUUAUGCUUGGCUGGAUCCAUACCCACCCGUCUCAGACGUGUUUUAUGAGCUCUCGUGACCUGCAUACCCACUCUGGCUACCAAGUGAUGCUCCCAGAAAGUAUCGCCAUAGUUUGCGCUCCGAGCAAAAACCCUGACUGGGGGGUCUUUCGCCUUACCGAUCCACCAGGGUUGAAAACGGUACUUAAUUGUACCCAAACAGGCCUGUUCCAUCCCCAUGCAGAGGAGAAUAUAUACACCGGUGCACUGAGGCCAGGCCAUGUGUUCGAAGUCAACGGGUUGGAGUACGAGACUGUAGACUUGCGUCCGAAGGGAUCGUAG